AUGACGAUCAUUGACCCCUCGACCCAAGCGCUGGACAUGGCUAUCGUGGGUACGGACGUGCUGUAUCUGGCAUUGGAAAGAAUCGUGUUUCCGAUGUUGGCGCUGGCCGCGAACCCGCCUGGAGACGACACGGCAGUAUUUUCGAUCGACGAAGGUUUGCGCAAGGUGUACAACAAGGCCAACAAGAAUGGGUGGCCAAACAAAAUCGCGCUGUCCGACUUGCCGCUGGGAUUGGCCAAGGGCAAGUGCUCAACGGGGCGGGGAAGACGUACACGACAGUUAGACACGCUGAUCGACCUUGCGUUGUUUGCCGCCAUCAAGGGCGUCCCGACUUCUCAGCGGGCGGCACCGUGGGGGGUAAAAUGA